AUGAGGGUCCUAUUGGCAUGCCUGCUCGUCUGUGCCCUGGUCGUGAGCGACUCCGAAGGCAGCAAUGAAAUUCAUAAAGAGUCUGGUGUAUCGAACUGUGACUGUCUGAACGGAGGAAAGUGUGUGUCUUACAAGUACUUCUCCAACAUUCGGCGAUGCAGUUGCCCAAAGAAAUUCCAAGGGGAACACUGUGAGAUAGAUACAUCGAAAACCUGCUAUCAGGGGAACGGUCACUCUUAUCGAGGGAAGGCCAACACAGACCUCAGAGGCCGGCCCUGCCUGGCCUGGGACUCUGCCACCGUCCUUCUGAAAACGUACCAUGCCCACAGACCUGAUGCCAUUCAGCUGGGCCUGGGGAAACACAAUUAUUGCAGGAACCCAGACAAUCAGAGAAGGCCCUGGUGCUACGUGCAGGUGGGCCUAAAGCAGUUUGUCCAGGAGUGCAUGGUGCAGGACUGCUCUGUUGGAGAAAGUCCCUCCUCUCCUAAGGAGCAAGCAGAGUUCCAGUGUGGCCAGAAGGCUCUGAGGCCUCGCUUUAAGAUUGUCGGGGGGGAAUUCACCACCAUCGAGAACCAGCCUUGGUUUGCAGCAAUCUACAGAAGGCAUCGAGGCGGCUCGGUCACCUAUGUGUGCGGUGGCAGCCUCAUCAGCCCCUGCUGGGUGGUCAGCGCCACACACUGCUUCAUUGAUCACCCAAAGAAGGAGGACUACAUUGUCUACCUGGGUCGGUCAAGGAUUAAAUCCCACACACUUGGGGAGAUGCAGUUUGAGGUGGAAAAGCUCAUCCUGCAUGAGGACUACAGUGCGGACACUCUUGCUCACCACAAUGAUAUUGCCUUGCUGAAGAUCCGUACCAACAGCGGCCAAUGUGCACAGCCCUCCCGGUCCAUACAGACCAUCUGCCUGCCCCCACUAUAUGGAGAUGCCCGUUUUGGCACAAGGUGUGAGAUCACUGGCUUUGGAAAAGAGCAUCCCUCUGACUAUCGCUACCCAGAGCAGCUGAAAAUGACUUCUGUGAAUCUGGUUUCCCAUGAGAAGUGUCAGCAGCCCCACUACUAUGGCACUGAAGUCACUGACAAAAUGCUGUGUGCGGCUGACCCACAGUGGGAAACAGAUUCCUGCCAGGGAGACUCAGGGGGCCCGCUGGUCUGCACCAUCCAAGGCCGCCUGACCCUGACUGGGAUUGUGAGCUGGGGCCGUGAAUGUGCCAUGAAGGACAAGCCAGGAGUCUACACAAGGGUCUCAAAAUUCCUGCCCUGGAUCCACACUCACACCAGGGGAGAGAUUGACCUUGCUCUCUGA